AUGCCUACAAAAGAUGAUGUAUCUUGGACUGGGAUGCUUAAUGCGUUUGUGGAAUUUGGUUUAGUUGAAUCUGCUGUUCAGGUUUUUGAUCAAAUGCCCGAGAGGAAUUGUGUGACUUAUAAUGCUCUUUUAGCUGGAUUUUACGCUAGUGCUAUGAACGCUUGUGCCUUGGUCACUGAUAUGAAGAAGAGUGAGCAGAUUCAUGCUUUCUUGAUUAAAUCUGGCUGCAAAUUGAGUGCUUGGAUUGAAGCUGCUUUACUUGAUAUGUGUUCUAAAUGUGUAAAUGACCCCUUUGUUAUGAAGGCGUGGGCAAUUACAUAUCCCGAAAAUAAUCAUGUGAAAUUCCUAGCUGAUGGCACUGCAAUCUACACUCAUGCUCUUGGCUUGGAAUUGGAUAUCGCAGAUAAAGGGUUGGGGAUUCAGUCGAGAAGAUUUGCUCUCCUUGUCGAUAACCUCGUGGUGAAGAUUGCAAACAUUGAAGGAGGAGCAUUCACCAUUUCCGGUGCAGAAGAGAUCCUCAAGGCCCUCUAA